GUCAUUGGCCCUGUUAGGCCCUGAUAGGCCCUGAUAGGCCUGGGCCAGGCUAGGCUGGGCCCACAUGCUGGUCUAGUCCUGACAUGUCUGAGCUGGUCUAUAAGAGUCUGCAGCUCGUCUGUGCUCGGCUCUGAAUGCACUUUAUGUUUGUACCUGCUCAGGAUGGACUGCUGACACUGUGACACUUUGUCCACGCUCAGGAACCUCAGCGUCGCCAUGUCCGCUGCCCGGGAACUCGAAGCCGACGGCGCCGAUGACAACAAACUGGUCAGACCCAAAGUCGAGUUUAACACGUUACUGCGACUCGCCGGAGCCACCAAAGACGUUUUCACCAUGAAGGAGGUGAUGUUCUACCUGGGUCAGUACAUCAUCCAGAAGCAGCUCUACGACCAGAAGCAGCAGCACAUCGUCCACUGCUCCCAGGAUGCACUGGGCCGGGUGCUGGGCGUCGACAGCUUCUCUGUGAAGGAGCCGAGGGUUCUGUUCGCCAUGAUCACCAAGAACCUCGUCGCCGUGAAGAGCCCCGAGUCGCCGCAGAGCUCGAGCGAAGCGCUCAGCGACAACCAGACAGAGCGAGCGACCGAGGAGGCGGAGUCAGAGAGCCGUUCUUCGUCGCCCGACAGGAGGAGAGCGAGGAGGAGGAGGAGAAGCCGCAGGAGCAGCGACCCAGGCCCCUCCCACAGCGCAGAGAACGCCGAAGACGAGGAGACGGAGGAGGACGAGGAGGAGGAAGGAGGAGGCAGGAAGAGGAGGAGGUCCGACAGCCUGUCCCUCACCUUCGAUGGGAGCCUGUCCUGGUGUGUGAUUGGUGGACUGGGGAGUGGGCGGGACAGACACAGCAGCCAGUCAUCGGACUCGCACAGCCUGUCGGGGAGGUCAGAGGUCACGGCCGCAGCCUCAGACAGCGACAGCGACAACUUCAGCGUCGAGUUCGAGGUAGAGUCCGUCGCCUCCGACGACUACAACGAAGACGACGCCUCUCUGUCGGCGGACGAUCAGGUGUACGAGGUCACCAUCUUCGAGGCCGAGGACGAAGACUCCUUCGACGAAGACACCGAGAUCACGGAAGCUGAUUACUGGCGGUGUGUGAAGUGCGACGAGUUGAACCCGCCUCUGCCCAGAAACUGCCUCCGCUGCUGGACGCUGCACCACGAUUGGCUGCCCGAGGACAUCACAAAGUCCGCCUCCUCCAGUCCUAAAGCCCUGCCCCCAAAGCCCACGGACCAAUCAGCAGCCAAAGAAGCUCCAGCGUCCGACGUCGAGGAGAACGACGGCGUCGACGUUCCGGACGGGAAAAGAUCGAAGACUCCUGUCCUGUCUCAGUGCCUGUCGGACUCCACCCUCUCUGCUCCUGACUCCACCUCCUCCGCUCCAAACUCCCAGGACCUCCUCUCAGGCUCCCAGCCGUCCUCCUCCUGCUCGCAGCAGAACAUCUGGACUCCUGACUCCCAGCCCUCCUCCUCCAUCGACUCCCAGGAGCUUCUGCCGCCUUCCCCAACAGAUCCACCACCUCCUCUUCCUCCUGCUCCCGCCGCCGCCCCCGAGCUGGAGCGCAGCGUGUCGGCGGAGUGGCGCCUGCCGGACUCGUGCCUCGACCCGUGUCUCAUCUGUCAGUCCCGGCCGAAGAACGGCUGCAUCGUGCACGGACGCACCGGACACCUCAUGUCCUGCUACGUGUGCGCGAGGAAGCUGAAGAAGAGGAACAAGCUGUGUCCGGUCUGCAGGCUGCCCAUCCAGUCCGUCAUCCUCACCUACCUCAGCUGAGACGAGGACACAAGGACACGAGGAGGGGAAUGUAGAGAAUGAAGAGACUUCAACCUCAGAAUCAUUAAAUUAUUCUGUCUGUCUUCACCUCCCUCACCCAAAAACAUGUGGACAGGAAGCGAAAAUCUGAUUCACGUCUUUUCUUCAUCGCGAUUCGGAUAAAACGUCCCGAAAUGUCGGAUUGUCCGUUUAAAGUCUCCGUCGCCCCGGUGACGCUUUUAUUUUACGGGUUUAUAAUUUCUUAGUUUCCUGGAAAGAAUUUUGUGAUUUGAUGCCGAUUAUUUAAAAAUUUCCUUUUAAAGAAAAAUGAAUAUUGAAAACAUUUAAUCCUCACAGUUAUCCUUAAUUAAUUAAUUAAUUAAUUAAUUCUAAGCACAUAAAUCGACCAACAAAUCAUAAAAUUCUUCUCAGGACACUUUUUGUAAAUAAUUAGAAGAUUAUACAGAAAUUAUGGACCCGUAAAAUAAAAGUUUAUUUUCCUUUUAAUUUGAAAUAUUCUUGCUAAGAAAUCUGAAAUUUGGUUUUAAUUAGAAUAAAAACUGAAUUGAAAGUAAUUUAUUAUUUGAAGCCGUCACUGAUUAAAACAGCAAACGAGGCGUUGUUUCCAGGACACCUGAUACAUCUUCAUUAUUUAUUCAAAGUUUAUUUAAGCGCACACUUUUUCUAUAAAUAAUAAGAUGGAGAUGUUAGAUUUGUCAUUUCUGAUAUUUUCUGUUUGAAUUUUUUGGUGAACUGAAAUAAAAGUUUAACUUCUGUUAA